GUUAUAUGACCUGCAUGACACCAGAAUGAAGAAGACAAGCGCCGACCAGAAAGCUCAGCUUCUGGCAACCAUCAAACGUUGCAUUGCCAGAAGGAAUUCAGAUUUUAGAGGUGAUGAUGAGCAGGAUGCUCAUGAAUUCCUUAUGACCUGCUUGGCACAACUAAAUGAGGAGGCUAAGAUGUGCCAGGAUUCCAUGAAUGAUUUCCAUAACCCUGCAGCGCACAUGGAUUUUAAGAUCAUCCGGCUGCGCACAUGCAAGACCUGUGGGAAUCAAAGGCACUCUCUGGAGGAACUAAACUGCCUGUCUUUGGCUAUUGGUCCUCAGGGCUCAUUAAUGAAGAGCCUACAGCUUUACUUUGCAGUAAGUGUCACUUCUGGAAUAAUUAUUAUAAGUAUUAUUAAGUAUUAUAAUGUUAUUGAUAGCCAGUGAUUUGAUUGAUAUUAU